AUUUUAAUCUUGUUGUGUGUGUGUGUGUUUUAUAUAAUUUUUAUUUUUUUCAAAUUAAAAUCUCUUCUUUGCUUUUGAUGUGGGCAUGGCUGGUCUUGAUCUAGGCACAGCUUUUCGUUACGUUAAUCAUCAGCUCCAUCGUCCCGAUCUCCACCUUCACCACAAUUCCUCUUCCGAUGACGUCACUCCCGGAGCUGGGAUGGGUCAUUUCACCGUCGACGACGAAGACAACAACAACAACAACCAUCAAGGUCUUGACUUAGCCUCUGGUGGAGGAUCAGGAAGCUCUGGAGGAGGAGGAGGUCACGGCGGAGGAGGAGACGUCGUUGGUCGUCGUCCACGUGGCAGACCACCGGGAUCGAAGAACAAACCAAAACCUCCGGUGAUUAUCACGCGCGAGAGCGCAAACACUCUUAGAGCUCACAUUCUUGAAGUAACAAACGGCUGCGACGUUUUCGACUGCGUUGCGACUUAUGCUCGUCGGAGGCAGCGAGGGAUCUGCGUUCUGAGCGGUAGCGGAACGGUCACGAACGUCAGCAUACGUCAGCCAUCUGCGGCUGGAGCGGUUGUGACGCUACAAGGAACGUUCGAGAUUCUUUCUCUCUCCGGGUCGUUUCUUCCUCCUCCGGCUCCUCCCGGAGCAACUAGUUUGACAAUUUUCUUAGCCGGAGGACAAGGUCAGGUGGUCGGAGGAAGCGUUGUGGGUGAGCUUACGGCGGCUGGACCGGUGAUUGUAAUUGCAGCUUCGUUUACUAAUGUUGCUUAUGAGAGACUUCCUUUAGAAGAAGAUGAGCAGCAGCAACAGCUUGGAGGAGGAUCUAACGGCGGAGGUAAUUUGUUUCCUGAAGUUGCUGCCGGAGGAGGAGGAGGAGGACUUCCGUUCUUUAAUUUACCGAUGAAUAUGCAACCAAAUGUGCAACUUCCGGUGGAAGGUUGGCCGGGGAAUUCCGGUGGAAGAGGUCCUUUCUGAUGUGUAUAUAUUGAUAAUCAUUAUAUAUAUACCGGCGGAGGAGCUUUUCCGGCGAAGAAUUUGCGAGAGUGAAGAAAGGUUAGAAAAGCUUUUAAUGGACUAAUGAAUUUCAAAUUAUCAU